AACGUGGAAAGAACUCCCACCGUCUCGUACCACCACACCACGUCAAUUCUCUCUCCUCUCCGUAAUUCUCAUUCCCAAAGUUCAACCAGUUUUCUCCCAUUUUUUCUCCUUAUUUUCUUCCCCUGUAAAAUCUUAGGCAAAUCAAAACCCUUAACAUUCUGAUUUCGAAGGUUUCUUCCUUCAACACUUUCACUGUUCUUCACACCAAAAAAAAUCACCAUGAAUAUCUUCAGAUUUGCUGGCGACAUGACUCAUUUAAUUAGUAUUCUAGUGUUACUUCUCAAAAUUUAUGCUACUAAAUCAUGUUCAGGCAUCUCUCUGAAGACACAAGAGCUAUAUGCACUUGUAUUUUUGACUCGCUACCUCGAUCUAUUCACAGAUUUUAUAUCUGUCUAUAAUACUGUGAUGAAGUUUGUGUUCAUUGUGAGCUCUUUGGCUAUUGUUUGGUGUAUGAGGUUCCACCCUGUCAUCAGCCGUUCAUAUGACAAAGCUCUUGAUACUUUCCGAUAUUACUUUAUUGUCCUCGGAUGCUUUGUUUUGGCGCUGCUCAUUCAUGAGAAGUUCACCUUGCAAGAGGUUUUGUGGGCAUUUUCUAUAUACUUGGAAGCUGUUGCUAUUCUUCCCCAGCUUGUCCUGCUACAAAGAAGUGGAAACGUUGAUAACUUGACAUCUCAAUAUGUUUUCUUUCUUGGGGCAUAUAGGGCAUUCUACAUCUUCAAUUGGAUCUACCGCUACUUUACAGAGAUAUAUUUCACUCGAUGGAUAGCUUGUGUCUCUGGUCUUGUCCAAACUGCCCUCUAUGGAGAUUUCUUUUACUACUACUUUGUCAGCUGGAAAAACAAUUCAAAACUUAAGUUGCCAGCUUGAAUCUUAGAGGUGAAGAACAGAACUAAUAUUGAAGGAUGAUCUACUAACACGUUUGGCACAAAUGGCGGUCGAGGUUUUGUGAUUUUGGUUCCGAUACCAUGAUGGCAUUUUUGUAUCGGAAACUUGUGACUUGUGAGUGUGUGUGGUCUUGAAUAGGGAGGUCUUUUCCUUUACAAAGAUCAGAUCAAACAAUGUCUAGUGUAAGGAUGUAUGUCUUCAUUGGCCAUCAGUAAAUGUGUAAAAAUUAGGAUGUUACCUCGUAUAUGCGAUGCAAAGUGAAGAUAUGGAGAAUUGGAGAUGUCUGUCAGAUGCACAAACUAGGGUUUAGGUAUACACAUUUUAUAAAAUUAGUAAAUUUCAUUUAUAUUC